AAUACAUGCAUAUCAAUAUGCAUGGAGUGAAGAUUUAUUUUUAAUCCACCGUGCCUUUACUUGAGAGAAAAAAAAAACAAACACACGCAAUGGUUAAAGCCAUUCUCCUUCUUGUUCUUGCUUUCUUAGCUGUUUGCACAGCUAGGGAUAUUGUUCCUUUACUCUCUAUGCUUAACCACCACAGAUCCCUAUUAAGUAGUACUCCUAGCCUUGUUGAUGUCCCUAUUAACUACACUCAUGUUUGUGAUCCUACACGGUUUGCAAACCAAGGUAUGGAAAUGAAAGAAUUUGGCUACUGUGACUCCUCUCUAUCCUUUGAGGAAAGGGCAAAAGAUCUGGUGGAUCGAAUGACACUAGAUGAGAAGGUGCAGCAGCUGGGAAACAAAGCCAUUGGUGUGCCAAGAAUAGGCCUACCUCAUUAUGAGUGGUGGUCCGAGGCACUGCAUGGUGUCUCCAAUGUCGGUCCUGCUACCUUCUUUAAUGAAUUGAUACCUGGCGCAACAAGUUUCCCCACUGUCAUCCAUACAACUGCAUCCUUCAACAAGUCACUAUGGAAAACCAUUGGUCAGGCUGUUUCAGCUGAAGCGAGGGCAAUGUACAAUUUAGGGCGAGCAGGGUUAACAUAUUGGAGCCCUAACAUAAACGUGGUUAGAGAUCCUAGGUGGGGAAGAAUUACAGAGACACCAGGAGAAGACCCUUUUGUGGUAGGCACAUAUGCUUCUAACUAUGUAAGAGGAUUGCAAGAUGUUGAAGGAGCCGGAGAGACCAAAGAUUUGAAUUCUAGACCUCUCAAGGUUUCUACAUGCUGUAAGCAUUAUACUGCUUACGAUGUUGAUGCAUGGUUGGGAAUCGACCGAUACCAUUAUGAUGCAAGGGUGACUGAGCAAGAUAUCUAUGUUGGAGACUUUUCAAGUUCCCUUUGAAAUGUGUGUUAAAGAUGGUGAUGUUAGAAGUGUUAUGUGCUCCUACAACCGUGUUAAUGGCAUUCCUAGCUACUUAUGCUGAUCCAAGACUCUUAAAAGACACCAUCAGAGGAGAAUGGGAUUUACAUGGGUAUAUGUUACAUCAAUUACCCAGUUAGUUAAUGAAUGUCUCUUUUACAGAUACAUUGUUUCGGACUGUGACUCCAUUCAGGUGAUGGUAGACAACCACAAAUGGCUUGGUGACACAAAGGAGGAUGUUGUUGCCCAAGUGUUAACUAAAGGCAGGCAAGCAUACCAUACGUGUAAUGCAGGCAUUUUUGUUAAUGUUAUGAGGACAUCUCUGUUGAUUUUUAUGUCACAAGGCAUGUUACUGUUGUCUCUGAGAUGGAUAUGCGUAACCUUUUGAAGCUCUUACAAGUCAGAAAGAACCUUUAUUUAGACGAAACUUAAAGCUGAGAUCUUGGAAUGCAAGCUAGCUUUUUUAAUAUUGGGAGUGUAUAUUUGGUUAGAAUUACUUUUUGUUUUUUGGUCAAUGUAAAUGCAGGGUUGGAUCUUGAUUGUGGAGCCUAUUAUCCCGACUCUCUCCAAAAUGCAGUGAUGCAAGGAGAAGUAGCUGAGACAGAGAUAGACAAGUCACUAAAAUACCUAUAUGUUGUGCUAAUGAGACUUGGAUUCUUUGAUGGGAGUCCUUCUUUCAAAUCACUUGGCAAGGAUCAUGUUUGCUCCGAUGAACAUAUUUGAAUUAGCAGCUGAAGCAGCCAUAGAAGGGGUUGUUCUUCUUAAAAAUAUUAAUGAAACUUUGCCCCUUUGGACUC